AUGCCUUCCAUCUUACUUUUUGGAGCCAGUGGCCUUGUCGGCUCUCACCUUGUGCUCGCACUGCGCGACCACUAUCCGGACCUGCCCAUUACCGUCUUCCUUCGCAACAAGAACUUGGAUGUAUACCUAUACGAGACAGCCAAGGUAGACAAAGUCGUGCAUGGCACAUUUGACGAGACAGACAAAAUCGUGGCGCUGGCGAAGACCCACGAUAUUGUCAUAAACGUUGGCUCGUCGUGGGAUGUGCCUCUGUGUGAAGCCAUCGUUGAGGGAUUGAAGCAGCAACCAAACGGCAGGAAGAGGUCGCUCAUCCAUAUGAGCGGGACAGGAAACUUUGUGGACAAGAGAUGGACUGAUGGGGCUUUUCAUGCCGACGCAAAAGUCUGGAGCGACGAUGACCCCGAAGACAUGAAAAUCAUCAAUCCAGAGAUGCUCAAUGGUGGCCCAGACACUGUCGUCCUCAAUGCAGGCAAAGACAGCCAAAUCGGAACUUAUGUCGUCUUCCCAUCAGGCAUUUAUGGUGAAGCUGCUGGCCCGGUUCCGGCACUUGGAGUAAUUCAGCUGGUUUUCCGGGAAAAGGCCAAAGAGCUCGGAUUCGUGCCAUAUGUUGGAGAGGGGAGCGCGAUCUUCAACUGCCUCCAUGUCAAGGCCAUCACACCUUUCAUGCUUCUGCUCCUGGGACUGGCCCUGCAAGAAGACAGUCCUCAGGGCUCCGUGUAUGAAAGGUGUUUCAUUAUUGGCGGCCAGGAGAUGCCCUGGAAAACAGCCUCAGGAGCAUUCGCAAGAUCAUUGCAUGCCGAGGGCGUCAUUUCCAGCCCCGAAGCCAAAAGUGUCAAGCUCGAAGAGGCCGGAGCAGGUGAAUUGCCAAUGCUCAUGGCGAGCAACAUGCCAUUCGUAUCACCUCGGGCACAGCGAUUGGGAUACAAGCAUGAGCAAGUGAGCCUUGAAGAGUACCUGAAGCAGUAUGAUAGAUAUCUCCAUUGA